CGAACUUCACAAAUGUAUCAGCCAUGCCGGAGCACCAGCUCACGUGGCAGAAGCUCGGAGGAGGUGAACGACACGUUUCAUCAGGUCUACGUGCCACUUUUGAAAAUUACUAUGAAUAUCUCACUUGUAAAAUACAUUUGCCUGCUCGUCUACUGUAUCCGAUCAAUGCAGGAACAUUUAUCGGUUCCAACGUACUGCACAGAUCCCAAUGAAAGCUUCCGCUGCAGCUCAUCGACCUGCUAUUGGCUCCAUCGAAUUGUGCUCAAUUUGCCACGUUUCAUGAUUUCGGGCGAAUUUUUCGUGGAAAAGUGUGCAUAUCUGCUCAUUUUCUUCUUCAUCAGCUGCACGAUGUUUCUGUAUGCGGUGUAUUUGGUGAAACAUGAGACUGAGCUGAAGAUUCGAUAUCGAGCGAUUUUGACGUUGCCCAGCAUGUUUUUUGAGAUGAUUGUUUCAUUCCUGUCCUACUAUUCUACAAUCAUCUCGAUCUUCAACUACUCCAGCACUGCCCAAAAGAAUCCCGACUUUUUUUCUUCCGCGUUCAUCAUUUUCGCAUUUAUCAUCUCAAUUUUCUACGCUUUACUGUUAGUGAUCCACUUUGCCACAUUGUACUACAUUAUGAUCUACCCGGUUAUUCCACUGUCGAUUUACACAGUAUCGAAUGCGAAUUACUCGACACUGAACUACGGGCAGCGAGGCGGAAGUGGAAGAAGCAAUCAUUAUGAGACUCUAAACGCCGGUCCACUGUUGAGCGACUCGUACAGGCUGUCUGUGAAUAAUUGGCAAGCUGCCAACGAGACACGUGGCACCGUAAGCUCCUACUCUCAAAUCCGCGGAUGGAACAACACGAUCCGGUCGACGAACACGAUGCGGCAGCGAGACGAUGUCGACAACGACUACCUGGAGUUGAUUUGAAUAAUUUCCACGUUUUUGCAGAUUUUUUACAGUUUUUCCACAAUUUUUUCUAUGUGCCCAAAUUUUAAUAAUGAAUGAAUAAUUGU